GUGACAGCUCAGCGGUUCGCUUCCCUUCUGUCCAAAGCCCUUCCACGGGACAUGGAGAUGUUGUGGAGACGGAAGCCUCGCAGGCCCAGCCAAGCGGCGACAAGGAGCUUCGAUUUCGUGCCCUUACAGAGAGCGCCUAUGGACUGCAGCGUGAGGGUCUGCGAUCCCGUGGAAGGGAUGGCUUGGGCGACUUCCGGCACGCUGAUCCAGGUCCGACACGCAGCUCACACUUCAAGACGGCAUCUUCCCAGAUUCGUGGGUUGUACCUCGUGAAGUUUGCUGUAUCCGUGACUGCUUGUUACUUGACUAUCCAGCUCCUUAUAACUUUCGCCGAAGUGCUGCUCCCAUUCAUCUUUGCUAUGCUUGUCGUGAUUGUCUUGGAGCCGAUGAAAAAGUUUGUCUUGCAAGUUUUCUCUAAUCUCGCAGUUGGUAUUCUCACGGCCCUGCGGAUGGACUUCUGCGUCGACAACAUGUCAAUGCAUGGCUUUGCAGAUGGACGCCUGCCGAGUGUUGAUGAAACGACGCCAGUCUACGGCAGUCUCCCAGACGAUUCCACAACGGAGGAUGUGCCGCGGCCUGCAAAACCUGUUCCCUGUCUUAAGAGAUGUCUUGUGACCAUUUCUAUAGCCUUUUGCUUGCUCAUGAGCGGGCGUGUGCUCUGGAUGAUUGCCAGAGUCUUCUUUCGCGCGGGGGCCGUGAUCUCCUCCAACUUGGACUUCUACAAGCAGGGUGCGGAGCGCCUCAAGGGGUGGGUGCAAACGUACAUCCAUGACCUACACAUCAGCUCACUUGACUACGGGGAGCUCCUCGACGAGCUUGUGGUCGAGGUCGAGCACAUAGGGAGCGUCGUGACCCAGAGUGUCAUCUACACUGCAGUACAGGCAGUAGUUACAUUCAUCUUCCUGAUUUAUAUGCUUUGGAGUCCCGUCAAGGUGGACGGCAGUGCAGUUGCUGCGGAGGUCUUCAACUCCACCAGCAGAUAUCUCAAGGUGAAGUGUCUCACUUCAGCCUUCACUGGGCUAUCGAUUGGAAUCUUGCUCUGGGCUAUUGGCCUGGACCUCCCAGCUGCUUUCGGCUUGCUGUCCUUCCUGGCCAACUUCUUGCCAGGCAUCGGCUCUCCUGCAGCCUCCGUGCUGCCCUGCAUUUUGGCCAUCAUCGAUGUGAGGAAAACUCCCACGCAGGUUUUGCUGGCCUUUGUCCUUCAAGCGAUCAUGCACUUCUUCAUCGACUUCGUGAUAGAGCCUGUGUUCUUUGGCAUCUCUGUGGAGAUUCACUCUGUGAUUGUUAUCCUCGGAAUUUGGUUCUUCUACCAAGUCUGGGGAGUUCCUGGCAUGCUGCUCUCGGUGCCACUGCUGUCAGUGGUGAGGAUCAUGAUGAGGUCCAUGAGGCAUGCAGGGCCCAGUGGAGGCGGAGAGGACGCAGACACCUUGGCAUUCCUGGACAACGUCUUUGCAGGGCGCUGGAUGAGUUCUGUCGGAGAGACAGGAGAGGAUGACUUUGACCUUGGGGAUCUGCAGAUGGCCGGCCAAAGGUCAGGCGAGAACGAGCUGGAGCCAGGUGAGCCACAGCCUCCGGUGUGUGGUGACCUGGCGAAGCAAGACCUCUGGACCUCGCUGCAAGAGAGCGCCUGGGGACAGGAGCUUCGCCGGAUUUACCUGCAGAACCAGCUGCCCUGCGACAUAUUCGCCAUUGUUUUCGUGACGGGUCUAGUAUUGUUGGUGCCAGUAUGA